AUGGAUCCAGCAGACAAAGUCGACCGUGAUGCGACCACCCCGUUUCUACUGAAGGUCUUUUACAGGACUGGCGCCUUCCACAGGCCAGACGAGUUCUCGGCGCCUCACAACCUCCCUCACAUUGCCUUCCACACCUGGCCCUCAGCGACCCUUGCCGAACUCAGCCAGCAGCUCGCUGCCACCGCGCCACACCUGCUCCCCUCGCCGGCCAUAGGCACACGGCUGGCCUUUCGCCUCCUCUACUACGAUACACGCGGCGGCGCGGGAGAUCAGGACCAGGCGCCGGCGCGCUGCGUCGUGAAGGACCUGGGCUCGGUAGUGAUAGGCGACGGCGGGCCGGGGAUAUCGACAGACACGGACGAUGUCGGCGGGGAGACAGAGGAAGGCAGGCUACGGAUGGGCGCUACAGUAGGCUCGGCCGCCGAGAGCGCAAAGUCACUGGCCGACGCGCGGUUCGUGGUCGGCGACUACCUUUCGUGCGCGAUACUGCCGCCCUCUCCGGCGGACGGGAGUGUGCAGCCCGCCUCGGCGGCGAGAGCCGGGCGGGGAUACGGCGCAGGACAAGCGAGGAGCGUGGUCGAUCCUGGGCCGCCGCCGAUGAGCAGGGGCCGGGAUGGCUGGUCUGCGAACAUGUAUGGGACCAGAGCCGCAGGUGGCGCCAGCUUCCGCGCGCCGCCGGUCGAGGCGAUCGUCAAGGCAUAG